AUCAUCACUGCCCUCCUCUGAGCGCGCUGUAUUUUAAGUAGCAGGUGUUUUAAAAACGGUGUUCAUUUCUUAGCCAGGCAGUACAGUAGCUCCCUCCGUCGCUCUCUCUCUCUCUCUCUCUCUCUCUCUCUCUCUCUCUCUCUCUCUCUCUCUCUCUCUCUCACACACACACAAAACACUGCAAUGUCAGCCGCCAGCACCGAGACGAGCGCCCCGUUGCCUGCGGCCGCCAGCCGGGUGUUCUUCCAGCCGCUGGCCGGGGUAGGGUGCGCUGGGUCCGGACCCAUGCCGCGGGACGACCCGGUCCAGAGGAAGCAGGGGAAAGUGACGGUGAAAUACGACAGGAAGGAGCUGCGGAAGAGACUGAUCUUGGAGGAGUGGAUUAUUGAACAACUGAGCGAUCUGUACGACUGUGAGGAAGAGGAGAUGCCAGAGGUGGAGAUAGACAUCGAUGACCUGUUGGAAGUCAACAGUGAAGACGAGAGAGCCGUCAAACUACAGGAAUCCUUAAUGGACUGCUAUAAACCCACGGAGGUCUUUGUCAGUGAGUUGUUAGGGAGGAUAAGAGGAAUGAGGAAACUCACUGCUCCCACCAAGAAGGGUCUAUAAUGGAUGUCAACCAACCGCAACUCAACCGCAACUCAACCGCAACUCAACCAUAACCAGAUUUGGACAAGUAUAGACAAUUCAAACUCAUCUCAACCGCAUCGAAUCUCUCCUGCUACUCAACUACACGGACCGUCCAAUAGCUCAGUGACACAUCCCAUUAUUAUCCCUUAAAGGAAAGCUCCAUAUGUUGGUGUUUGUUUCAUUAGUCCAUUGUUGAUACAGUCCAAAAACAACUUCUUCAAGAUGUAUAACUCUUUCUUUUAAAUACAGAAAUACAGCCGAUAUAAUCUAUCAUACCAGCUGUGUUUCUCUAUUCUUGCCCUAGCACUACACAGCUGAUUUAAAUAACUAACUCGUCAUCAAGCUUUGAUGAUUUAAAAUCAGCUGUGUAAUUCUAAAAACCUAAAGGUGCAGCCUGGGUCCCAGGCCCGAGUUUGGGAAGCCCCCUCCUCUACUCCACAGACAUGACUGAAUAUGAUAACAAUACUCAGCAUUACACAACUGGACAGCCAUAAUACAACAUCACAACCCAAUCACAACACAUAACCCCUACAUAACCCCUACAUAACCCCUACAUAACCCCUACAUAACCACUACAUAACCCCUACAUAACCCCUACAUAAUCCCUACAUAACCACUACAUAACCCCUACAUAACCCCUACAUAACCCCUACAUAACCACUACAUAACCCCUACAUAACCACUACAUAACCCCUACAUAACCCCUACAUAACCCCUACAUAACCCCUACAUAACCACUACAUAACCCCUACAUAACCCCUACAUACCCCUACAUAACCACUACAUAACCCCUACAUAACCACUACAUAACCACUACAUAACCCCUACAUAACCCCUACAUAACCAUUACAUAACCACUACAUAACCACUACAUAACUACAUAACACAAUGCAACCCAAUCACAACACAUAACCCCUACAUAACCCCUACAUAACCCCUACAUAACCAUUACAUAACCACUACAUAACCAUUACAUAACCACUACAUAACUACAUAACACAAUGCAACCCAAUCACAACACAUAACCCCUACAUAACCACUACAUAACCACUACAUAACCACUACAUAACCACUACAUAACAUCACAUCAGGGGCUGACUGGCCAUCUGGCAUUUUGGGCAAAUGCCACAUGGGCUGGUCCCUUUUUAGCCUAGUGGGCAUGUCUAACUUCGUUUUUUUUUUUUUGUUGCAAAAUGAGCAUUAUCUGGCUAAUAAUGGGGGAGCCUCAAGGAACAAAAUGGGCCGGUGUGUUAGACAUUUCUGGGCCGAUUUCUGGUCCCAGUCCGCCCCUGCAGCACAUGACAACCACAAUACAACACAACUCAACACUUGAUAUCCAUUUCCCCUCUCCCUCUCCUCCCAUCCCCCACUGUACCCCAGCAGCCAUUAACUAACUACAGACCUUUAAUAUAUCCAGAGGGGUUUUAAAAUGUUGUUUCUUUUUGAAUAUAUACUGAACAAAACAAUCAACGCAACAUGUAAAGAGUUGGUUCCAUGUUUCAUGAGCUGUUCCAUACGAGGGCUUCCCUCGCAGCGGUCUAACAACAGCCCCGGGUUCGAUCCCAGGCUGUGUCACAGCCGACCGUGACCGGGAGACCCAUGAGACGGUGCACAAUUGGCCCAGCGUCGUCCGGGUUAGGGGAGGGUUUGGCCCAGCGUCGUCCGGGUUAGGGGAGGGUUUGGCCCAGCGUCGUCCGGGUUAGGGGAGGGUUUGGCCGGCCGGGAUUUCCUUGGCCCAUUGGGCUCUGGCUACUCCAUGUUGCCGGCCGGCCGCCUGCAAACUGACUUCGGUCACCAGUUGUGUGCACCGACAUGUUGGUGCUUCCGGGUUGGUCAAGAAGCAGUGUGGCUUGGCAGGGUUGUAUUUCGGAGGAUGCAUGGCUCUCGACCUUCGCCUCU